AUGAUCCGCAUCGAUCGUUUCAAAAAAACGUUUUGGGCUCAUUCCGAUUGUUCGCAUUUAUCACAAAAUACUCUGGUAGAUAAUGUUGCAGGCUCAUUUCUUCCACCAACACCGCUCGUGCAAUCACACUUUUCGUUCACAAUGAACUUUUGCCGCCGUGCACAAGUAUUCCUGGCCACCAUGAUGCUGUUCGUUGCAUCACGGAGAAGUGGCAUGCAUAUUGUACGAGCAUUAACGGCCGAUGACGUUGCGACCACAGAAUUGGAAUGGGCGGCAUCACGCUUGCGAAUUUUUCGUCAAGGAUUCGGACCCCAUUCGCAGGCCAACUCGGACGCCAAUAACAGCGAGCAGAACCUGCAAACCUUUUUGCUUGCCGGAAACUAG